AUGGCGAAUGUGAUGCUAACGAGCGAGGCAGCCAAAGACCCGAAUAAGCCCUUUGCACUGCGUGUAGAGGACGUCUGUACAAAGUUUGAUGAGCUCGUAUCCGAGUGUUUAACACUUGUGCAGUCGGAGGAGCAAUUCCCUAAUCGAGAAGGUGAAGAGACGACGAGUAGGGAGGAUCAGGUUGUCAAGAAGCUCGAGCAGUUUAAUUCCGUAUGCGACGAGCUCUAUAAGGAAAUUCUUCGACGGAAAGAAAAGCUGCUGAAUUUGAUGGAAAAAAACCCAAAGAACGUGGAUCUACAUCGUCAGAUCCAGACUGCAGGCAAUUUGGCCCAAGUGGUGGGCGACUUUCGACAUUUUCUAGAGACAGGAAGUAACAUUUCCCAAGCAGCUCAAUUGCAGCAUCAAUUGAAAGAGUAA